UAUAUGUGUCUCUCCAUUAAUUUGGUGCAGUUGGCAUUGGCUGCUUUGCGCAAGUCAAAUGAAGUUCAUGGUGUUUUUGACUUUGAGAGAUAUCUUGGGAGCAUCCUCUCUCACCAGCAUCCUGCACACACCAUCUCAGAGCUCACUGUUCCUCUGAAUGCCAUUGAUUUUUUGGCAAGUAAACUUGAGACCCCGACUGCUGCGGAUAUGAAGCAUGUUGACCGGAAGCUCAAAUCAUGUCGGGAUCCUGGCUCACAUGACAAUAGUAAGAAACGGAAGCACAGGUCCAGAGAGAGUUCAAACGCAAUGCAUAACAUGCCUUCAGCACUGUGAAUAAUGUAUGUAUACCUUUUUCUCCUGAUGUUUGACAGGUUCUAUAUUGGAAAUUCCAUUCUAGGGAAGUAAACCUUGGUGUAAUAGAAUCAUAAAUCAGAUAAGAUAGUAAGGUUUUCUCUAAUUUGAAGUAGGUAUAAAACAUUACACCUAUA